AUGUUUCCAGAGCUACAACGACUUUAUUCAUUGGUGGAUGAUAAUGGAAAACCAAUGACAGCUGAUCUUGUCAAGGCAUUUGAUACUUCAGUAGGACAAGUUAUUAAUAUCAUCGUUUCAUAUGACAUGGGCUGGAGCAAACGAGGAAAUUGUAGAAGUUAUGAUAGUCUUAAUGGCUAUGGAAGCAUCAUAGGUUUUUCAUCAAAAAAAAUUCUUGAUUUUGCCACUCGUAACAGGAAAUGUAAAAAAUGUGACAAUGGCUAUUCCACAGAUAGUCAUGACUGUCGCAAAAACCAUUAUGGUAGUGCCAAAAGUAUGGAAGCUAGUAUAGCUUCACAGCUAGUUAAUAAUAGUAAAAUUUUAGAAAGCAAUGAGAGUUCUUCUGGCAAUGGUGUUAUUUCUCAUUUAAAAAAAUGUUUCGCUUAUGCUUUAGCACAAAACGCUGGUGAUGCUGCUAAAAUAAAUGAGAAAUUAUACGCUGCAUUACAAGAGUUGUUAGCAAAAUAUGCCAAUAAUUCAUCUAAAUUUUCUGUUGAUGCAACUAGCCAGCUGAAUGAGAUGUUUAAUGGGAUGGUAGCACGUAAAAUGCCAAAAAUCCAAUGUUACAGUAUGAGUGCAUCUGCUGAUUAUAGAGUUGCAAGUGCUGUAUUAAAUUUUAAUGAUGGAGAACAACACGUCAUGGAAAUUGAAAAAAAAUUAAACUUAACUCCUGGAACAUACACAGCUGGCUUUGCAAAGCUAUUAGAUAAAAUAAAAAGAAUUUUGGUAGCCAAAAAAAGAAAAGCAUUGAAAAAAAAAACAGAAAAAUCAGAAGGCAUACAAUAUCAAAGUAAUUGUGGCAUAGAAUUUGAUGAUGAACAAAUGGGUUCUAAAGUGGUACCAUCAACACCUGUACACAUAGACAUCAACACACUUGGUCUACUUGAUGUACCAAGUGUAUCAAAAGACUGCCACAUUACUUACAUUGAUAUAAAGACUUCUGGUUUUCAUAAAUCUGCUGAUAUUUUACAAAUUGCAGCAAGAUGUGAAAAUCACUCGUUCUCUGUAUAUAUUAGUCCAACACAAACAAUCAAUCAGCAAGCAUCUGAUGUUACAGGCUUGAGAAAUAUUAAUGGUCAAUUAUAUUUCAAUAAUAAAAAAGUCAUUACGAUUCCACUACGUGAUGCUUUGCUUUCUUUGCAUCAAUUCUUGAAAACGAGAUCAAAUCCAUGCUUAUUAGUAGCUCAUAAUGCUUCAUUUGAUGCUGGACGUUUAUUUGAAGCCUUGAAAAAUCAUGAAAGUAGUUUAUCAAGUGCAAUGGUUAAAAAAAUAUCAAAAGCAGGUGUUACAUAUGAUAUGAUAGAAAAAGCUUAUUUAGAAAAAGGUGAAGAAGGAGUAGUAAAAUUACUAUCAUACAACAUUGCUCCAAAGCAACCACGAGUUAUACAUUACAUUACAAGUACUUUGUAUUAA